AUGAAUGCGAGAGUCGCUGUAAUUGCCUCCCAUUUCGAUGUCCACGUCGGUCCCUCCAUUCUAGUAUCCAAUCCCAUAUUCUCUAACGCUAAGUUUGUCAUACUUCUGAAUCCGAUGUUGGAGAUGGUGGUGGCAUUUGAGAAAGAACGCCAAGCCACCAUCAGAAAGUGCAUUGCAGUGGCCUCCAAGAACGAGCCAUCCACUUCCUCUUCUGCCUAG